AUGGACGCGACGACGCUCCCCGGGGGCGAGACGCGCGCCGGCGAAACGACUGAGCACAGUGCAUACGGCACACAGUACAAUCGUAAAAUGAUGAUGUUCCUCAAGACGCAACUCGACAAGGUGAAGGCCGUCACAUCGCCAAGGGCCGCAUCCCAAGAGGAGGUGGCAUUGUUCGACUCGAAGCUUGAGGAAGGGGAGAGGCUGCUUGCCUGCAGCAGGGCACCCUUCGAUGUGAGGGACUUCUGCAGCAUCGGUCGCCUCCGCACGGGGGUGGAGGGCGUGUGCCAGAGCCUGAAGGAGAUCCUUCAGUGCUGGCGAAUGCAUGACACAUUGGAAUUUAAGGACGAGAUACCUGAGGAGGAUGUCCAGGAGGAUGAGCUGCAUCUGCAGAUGCUGCUGAGCUACAUCCUGAAGGGGGACUGCACUGGCAUCGAUGACGAGCUGAUGCGGAUGUUGGACCCUUUGAAAGAGGAGCAUGAGAGGCGACUGGUACACCUGAGGGUUGUGGAUCAAGGAGGGUUGACGUUGGGACACUGUGUGGGGGAGAGUAGAUCUGCUGUUGUGUUCCAAGCUGAAUGGUCUGAGCAGGCUGGCAAGGUGGCAGUAAAGAAGCCAAAGGGCCAUGUUCCCAUUGAAGAGUAUGCGUGCCUCAUCCAGGAGGCAGCUGUGCAGGCAGCACUGAGGGACUGCGACUUUGUUGUCCAGCUCUAUGCCGCCACUCUGGAUGGGUGGUUGGUAAUGGAACUAGCAGACACUGACCUGCAUGCUGCGAGUCGUGACAGGGCGCUGGGCUGGAAGGUGAGGCUCAAGCUGCUUCAGCAGGCCUCCCUGGGCCUGAGCCGCAUGCACUGCCAGACCUAUCCCCUCAUCCAUUCAGACGUCAAGCCCACGAACUUUCUGGUUUUUGGCAAGACCCCAGCAGAAUAUCUUGUCAAAGUCAGCGACUUUGGCCAUGCCAGCGAACUGCGGGGCAACAGGAGCAAGACUGCCAGGCUGGGAGAGGGUGCCCCACAGUACAUCGCUCCGGAGACUUACAAUGCUGAAUCGCCCACCACUGCGUCGGACGUUUUCAGUUUCGGGGUCAUUAUGUACGAGGUUGUGACGGGAAGGAAUCCCUAUGAGACGAUUCCUGGCUGUGUGGAGGAUUUGGUGAUCAUGAGGAAAAAGCUGGAAGAGGAAGAGCCUUGCGUUGUGGAAGACAGGGACUGCCCCAAAGAAAUGCGGGAACUCAUGAAGCGGUGUUGUCGCCUGGACCCACAGAGCAGACCUCACAUGGCCGAAGUGAGCAGCCUGCUCCAGCUGUUGCCAGACAAGUGGCUGGUGCCACCUGCAAAUGAGUGCAAGGAAAUGGAUCAGCUGCCAAAGGCUGUGCAACUGGGGAACCAUCUGGACCACAUCAUCGAGGAAAUAGAGGGGACAAACAGCACAAUGUACGGUCAGCGCAUGGCGCAUUUUUUGCAGAGCAAUGUGCGGCGCUUGGAGCGGCCACUGGUCAUGCCAAGUGAUGCGCCAGAGCAACAGUGGAGAGAAGACGCUGCAAACCUACGGGAUCACCUGGAGCUUGGAUUGCAGCUGCUCAGACAGCUCAGUGUCUUCGAUGAUGAGCUUUUCUGCAAGACCGCAGAUGCCAAAAGGGCUGUCGAGCGAGUCCUCAAUGCUGUACACUCAUUUGCGCUCCGGUGGGAUUUGCAGAACGCACCAAGGAUUGCAACAGAGGUGCCAGCGAUGUGCUCCUCACGAGACAGGGAGGAUCUGAAUGAGUGCCUUGCACGCCUAUUCGAAGAUCGCUCAUUCGAUUUUGAGGGUGUUGGUGAGGGGGCCAGACGCCCAUGGGAACGUGCUAGGUUGAGGUUCAUUGAGAAGAGGUGGAAGCUGUCAGUUGUACCUGAACAGGACAUCAUUCGUUUGGGCGUCAUAGCCAAAGAUGUCUGGCAUGUUCAAUUGCCAAAAUACAACCAAUCUAGCUUGGUGGCCAAGCAAGUCGUUCAGACGGACGGCUACAACAUGGAAAUGCAGGACUUGAUGAAGUUCUUCAAUGCAGCAUUCAGCCAGACACUCUUGGACUCCCGGUAUGUGGUUGAGCUGCGUGGGGUCACCAAGGCAGGUGCCCUUGUGAUGGAGUCGGCUAAAAACAACAUGAGGCAAUGGUAUCGGUCACUGACUGCAGUGGACCGUUGUGCUGUUGCUUUGAAGAUAGGGGCUCUCUCCCAGGCUGCGAGGGCACUUUACUCUGUGCAUGGCCAUGGCAUCGUGCAUGGUGCUGUCAAAAGCACCAAUUUCCUGAUGUUUGGAAACGAGAAGGGUGAAGGGUGCAUCGUUAAGAUUGUGGGGCUGCGGGUGGCACCGGACAGCUCAAACUCCACGUGCAGCGUCUCUCGGGCUGUGAGAUGGACUGCUGGGGAACUGUACGAGGGUGCGGUUCCAAGCAUGGAGUCCGAUGCCUUUAGCUUUGGAACCCUGAUGUACGAGGUGGUCACAGGGAAGUUGCCUUACCGACACAGGACGACUGCAGCAGAAGUGAUGAGGGCCAAGCUCUGUGGGGAGGAGCCCUGUCACAUCAGCGAGCAGUUGAGGAUGCUGUGGCGGAGCGAGAUUCUGGAGCUCAUGCGUGCCUGUUGUGCAAUGGAUCCCAAAGAACGGCCGUCGAUGGAUGAUGUCUGCAGCUGUUUGGAGAUGUGUGCGAAGCAGCAGAAAGGCACAACGUGUCUCCACUGGGCAGCUGAACAAGGUCUCACAGCGAUGACCACACUGGAGCUAACAGAGAGCAACGUGGACAGUGAAGACCAUAAUGGUUGGACACCGCUCAUGUUUGCUGCUGAAAAUGGCCACACAGCUACUGCGGAGCUGCUACUCAACCGGGGUGCAUGUGUCAACUUGACUAAGCAGAACUCCUGGACACCGUUAAUACUUGCAGCAGAUGGAGGUCAUAUGGACACUGCAGAGCUGCUAGUGGACCGAGGAGCAUCAGUGGACAUGACCAACAAGAUGGGCGACACGCCACUCAUGUAUGCAGCUGAUGGUGGCCAUGGAGACAUGGCUGAGAUGCUGCUGAGCCGCUGUGCAACUGUGGACAUUGCCAAUGAGAAUGGCCGGACUGCCCUUAUGUUCGCGGGAGACAGGGGCCACACUUCCAUUGUCAGGCUUCUCCUGGACCAGGGAGCCUCUGUCAGUGCUUGCCACAAGGGCGGCUGGACUCCGCUCAUGUUUGCAGCCGAUGGGGGCCAUGUGGCCACGAUGGAGCUGCUGUUGAAACAAGGCGCUUCUGUCAACACAGCUAACAAGAAUGGCUGGACUGCCCUCAUGCUGGCUGUACGCGGAGGCCAUUCAGCUGCAACAAAGCUGCUGUUGGCACAUGGUGCAAACGUGAAUUUUACAGAACUGAAUGGCUGGACCCCCAUUAUGUUUGCAGCACAUGGUGGCCACCUGGACAUCGCGAAGGUCCUGCUGGACAAAUUUGCAUCCGUAGCUGUUGCAAGCAAGAACGGGUGGAUGCCGCUGAUGUUGGCGAAAGAGCAUGGGCACAAUGCUGUUGCAGAGCUGCUGGAGAGGACACGUUCGCCUGUGGAGUUUGCUGAGCAGUUGCAAUUGUCCAUUCCAACAUCUAGAAAAGAAGCAAAGAGUUUUCGACGGGUCCUGUGUAGAGAAACCCCUGACAUCGAAGCCGAGUAUGAGCUGGGCGAGAAGCUGGGACAGGGGAAGUUUGGCAUUACCAGGAUGGCCGUGAACCGCGCCACAACGGAGAAGGCAGCCUGUAAAUCCAUACUAAAGAGGAAGAUACUUGGCACUGAGGAAGUUGAACGAGAAAUAGAGGUCAUGCAUCAUUUGGCGGGCCACCCUAACAUCGUGCAGCUCAAGGGUGUCUACGAAGACCGCCACCACAUACACUUGGUGAUGGAGCUGUGCAGCGGUGGUCAGCUCCUUGACAGGAUCGUGUCCAAGGGGCGGUACUCUGAGAGGGACGCAGCCACGGCAUGCCGCACCAUGGUGCAGGUGGUGAGCCACUGCCACAAGAUGGGGGUCAUCCACCGUGACCUGAAGCCAGAGAACUUCUUGUUGGUAGACGGAGGGGAUGAGCCCAUGCUGAAGGCCAUCGACUUUGGCCUUUCGGUGUUCUUCCAGGAAGGCGAGGUCCUCGAGCACAUUGUGGGCAGUCCCUACUACGUGGCACCCGAGGUGCUGCAGAAGCACCAUGGCAAGGAGCUGGACAUCUGGAGCUGUGGGGUCAUCCUGUACAUAUUGCUGUCUGGCACGCCGCCCUUCAAUGGCAGGACGGAGGCACAGAUAUUCGACUCUAUUCUGAAGGGAAGUCUGGACCUGGAGAGCGGCCCCUGGCCCAGAAUAUCCAAGGGUGCCAAGGACUGCGUGCAGCUGAUGCUGUGCCGCGAACCAAGGGAAAGGGCGUCUGCGUCUGAGCUCCUUCAGCACCCGUGGCUGAAGGAGGAUGGCACAGCAUCCGAGGAACCGCUGGACCACUCAAUUGUGUCCCGCAUCCAGCACUUUUCAGCCAUGAACAAGCUGAAGAAGGAGGCGUUCAAAGUCAUUGCCACGUGCAUGCCAAAAGAAGAGAUCGAAGGCUUGAAGCGCAUGUUCCAUGAGAUCGAUGCAGACAACAGCGGGACUAUCACAGUGGAUGAACUAAGAAAGGGCCUCCAUAACAAGGGCGAAUUUCUGCCCGAGUCCGAGCUGCAGCGCCUCAUGGACGACAUGGACGUCGACGGGAACGGCGUCGUGGACUACAACGAGUUCCUGGCGGCCACCCUGAACCUGCGCGGCCUGCAGAACGACGAGAAGCUGAUGAUGGCCUUCAAGCACUUUGACACCGACAACAGCGGCUACAUCACGCACGACGAGCUCAUCGAGGGCCUCAGGGAGACCGGCAGCUCGGAGGACAGCGUCAGGCAGAUCCUGGCGGAAGUGGACAAGGACGACGACGGGAGGAUUGACUAUGAAGAGUUCUGUGCAAUGAUGAUCAGCAAGCAGGCCUGA